GCAUCCCCCAUCACUGCAGAUUGCAUUUUUCUCGUGCCUUAAAAACUGCUUUGGAUAAGGUACUUGCAAAACCUUCAGAUCUGUAUGUUUGGUUGUAUCUCCUGUUUCUUCCAAUUUGUACCUUAAAUCAUUAUGUGCCAAAAUGUUCCACCGAGGAACGAUCUGGUAAUAGGAAAAAACUCCAAGUUGCUGCUAUCAAUCAGGCUUUACAAAGAUGGAGUUAACCAAAUGGGUGUGUGCACAUGAUUCAAAAGAUGCUUUCUCAACCACAACAAACAUACAGGCAGUCAAGCACGAAGAAGAUAAAGAAGGAUACUAGCCUGCAGGAAGAAACUUAGUUAUGGUCACUUUUUUGCCGCCAUACGCAUCCUCUCCUCAGAUGGUAUUGCACCACCUACCCCCUGAUACCCUAUAUGACUUUCAGCAGAAACACCCAUCAACUCCACCCCCAUCUAUCCCCACAGAGAAUGUAUCCGCACCGGCAUUAACUGUAGAUGCAAGUAAUGUUCUUGCUGCCUUGAAAAGCUUUCCUAAAGGGACUGGUUGUGGAAGAGAUGGAAUCCGCGCACAACACUUACUAGAUGCUAUGAGUGAUGCCGCUGCAGCCGUGGCUGAGGACCUACUGCAAUCUAUAACAUGAGUGGUUAAUUUAUGGUUGUCAGGAGUUCAACAGGGUGACCCACUGGGUCCGCUGUUAUUUUCCCUAGGCACCCAAUUGCAGAAAAGAUUGUCACUCAGUGCUCAUUAGAUCUUCAUGCUUGGUACUUAGACGAUGGUACUAUCGUAGGCGACACUAUGGAGGUAUCUAAGGCUCUUAAAAUCAUUCAGACAGAUGGUCCUGCUCGAGGUUUACAUGUGAACGUUACCAAGACUGAAGUUUUUUGGCCCUCAUUGGAUCCCAGAAGAGACCUUGAAGGUGUAUUCCCUGUCAAUAUAGGUAAACCCUCACGUGGUGUGAAGCUAUUAUGGGGACCUGUCAGUCUUGAUAUGCAGUAUUGUAGUGAGAUUGUUCAGGGAAGAGUUGAUAAAACUUUGCACCUUUGGGAGAAAGUUCAGAAGCUGCAUGACCCUCAAAGUGAGUUGUUACUCUUGCGCAGUUGUAGUGGUGUUUCCAAGCUUUACUUUAUGCUUCGAACCACCGCCCCCUUGGAUAUACAGUCUGCUGCUAUUCACUAUGAUUCACAACUCAUGUUAUACUUGCGUCAUCUUGUAGUGGGGUAUGGUGAUGGUUUUGGCUUGAUUCAACAACGUCUAGCAACGCUGCCAAUAAAAGAUGGAGGUUUUGGAAUAUAUACUUUUAAUGACACAGGUCAGUACUGUUUCCUAGCCUCUUGUGCCCAGACCCAGCAUCUACAACAAUCUAUCUUGAAACAACCAUCAGUCCUAGACCCUAGUUUCAGAUUUCAACAUGCUCUGCAGCCUUUUACCCAAGUUUGUGGUCUAUCUGUCUCCGAUUUCAGCAUCAAUGACGCUGCCCCUCAAUGCAUGAAGACCCUGGCAGUCAUCUACUUUGGUGCCGUUAAAGAGAGGAUACCAACCAACUUUUCUCUUACAGAAUGGGAUCUGACCUUAUGGCAUUGCAACCGCACUCCUCAUGCAAUGGACUUUCUAAAAGCCAUUCCUAUACAUGGGAUAAAUCAAGCUAUUGCUCCUAGACAGUUUCGAUCAGUUCUAAUAUAUCGACUUGGGAUACCUCUCUUCAGUAAAGAUAGUAUGUGUUCUAGCUGCAACAAACUUAUGGAUGUGUUUGGUGACCAUGCAGUUCAUUGUGCUGGGGAGGUGGGGCAAAAAUUUAGACAUGAUCUGCUGAAGGAUGUCUUGGCAGACAUGUGUUACAAAGCUGGAGUUGUUGCAAGGAAGGAAGUUUCUUUAGAUCUCUCCUCCAAUAAUGCAAAUUCUCUACGGCCCGCUGAUAUUCUCGUCUACAAUUGGGAAGAUGGGAAGGAUGUUUGUAUGGACGUUACCGGGGUUUCCCCCUUUACAAGUGCUAGAACUCCCAAUUUCACACUUGGUCAUGCUAUUUCUGCGGCAAUCACUCGGAAACGUGAUAAAUAUCUUGAGACUGUACAGCUCAAGCUUAUGGCUUUGCUGUUUUAGCCUUACUUUGGGUGAGCUAGGUAGUGAGAUGAUUUCUUUCUUGCAAAGGCUGAUAAAUUGCCUUGUGAGCCAUGAUGCAAAUCAUAAGAUAGGCGAUUCUCUCUUCUUUAGACUAGGUGUUGUGAUUCAGAAA